UUUCGUAUUUGCGCACUUUGGUUUUAGAUCAGCGUUAUUCUGUGAUUUUACCUUGUUUAUCCUGAUAAUUCUACUCGCGAUGGCUAAAAGGGUCCCAGAUAGGUGGAGAGAAUAUGACCCGUGCAAGUGGAUUCCCAUCAAAGAUGAACGAAUCAUUGCAUUUAAAACGCCACUAUCUAAAAAAUUCGAUCACGAGCAGCCAGAUGAUGAUGGAAUUCUAGAAUCAGAAAGAUUCACUCCAACAGAUCUUGUUGAUGGCUUAGCAGAGAAAGGGUUUUGUCUUGGACUAGUUGUUGAUUUUACUUUCACUAAACGAUACUAUGAUCCCCAGGAAUUUAAAAAGAAAGGUAUACUGUACAAUAAAAUGAUGUGUCCUGGUCACAAGAUUCCUGAUGAAAAAGAUGUUAAAAGGUUUGAAUAUGAGGUGCACUCAUUUCUUGAAAAGAAUAAGAAUGGAAGUAUUGUUGGUGUUCACUGUACACAUGGCGUCAAUAGAACUGGUUACAUGGUUUGUAGAUAUCUCAUAGAUUGCCGUGGUUAUCAACCAGAUGAUGCAAUAAAAGCUUUUCAUGAAUCAAGAGGAUACCCAGUAGAAAGAGAAAACUAUUUGGAGGAUCUCAAGUCAAGGACUCCAGGUCAAGGGGUUAACUUUGAACCAGGAAUUGAAGAUCAAGCUUGUGAUAAUGAAAGAACGAACGGAAGACAAAGUGUUUGGGAAAGAAUAGAUCUUCCACCUCGGAGACAAAGAAACUUCAAUCCACGAUCAAGCAGGGACUAUGAAAGUGUAGGAAGGAGCAGUACUUAUCACCAUGACUCUAGCUGGAGAGAUAGGCAAUACAGAUUUUCAAAUGACAGAUCUCAUCAAAGACCAUCAAGUGGAUCUUUCCAUAACAGAGCACCCUCUCAUAAUUUUGAUAUGCCUCCUUGGUCACCAUAUGGCCAUAGAAAUAGUUACUAUGACAAUGGUCCUAGAGAUAAUUGUUACUAUGACAACAGACUUGGAGACAAUAGUCUUAGAGACAGUUACUAUGACGACAGCUUCAGAGACAGUAACUAUGGUAACAGAUCCUCAUAUCAAAGAGAUUAUGGGCAUUAUAAUCAAAGAGGAUUUGAUAAUGAUUAUUCAAGUGAUUAUAUGUCAAGAAAUACUGGACAAUAUCCCAGGAAUAUAAGGUAUCAACCUUACUCAGAGGAAGGGCGUCAUAUUAAUAGACAGUGGCAAAGAUAAAGUGAAAGGAUUUUUUAUGUCUGGACAAUGUUUUUGGACAGUCAUGUCAGUCUCGUGAAAUCUACUCCUGGCAAUAUUUGUUACAAUUAAUGUUUAUAAAAUGUGCUGAAAUAGUUUUAAUUCAUUUUAGGGGAAAUUUAAUAAAAGUUUAAUAUGAUAUCUAUUAA